AUGUCUAUCUCAACAACGGCUUCCUUUGAAUACCUGGAAAGACUUCCUGGCACCACUUUUCGAAAGCUUUACCGUCAACCAUCGACUGCUUUAGCUAUCUUCCGGCGCAUGCUACCACUGUUAGCCAAGACAUUUGUAAUGGCGAUACUUUACAUGAACAAGCCCUUCCCACUUUCAGACCUCGAUCUUUGGAUCCAGCCUAGCAGUCUAAGGUCUAUUACCAUUCACCUCAUGGAGAAAUGCCUAUCUCUUCUCACUAGGUUACACAUUGUAACCAUUACAGCUGCAUCCAAGGAAGCUCCUCAAACUGUCAAAUUGACAGAUAAUUUUAGCUCAUCCCUGCGAAUAGCUUUAACUGGGGGAGGAGAGCAUCAAUCUUUUGGUACACCAGUCAAUGAUCCGAAUAUAGAAGGUGUCAGCUUAGAUUUUCUGGAUGAGCUAGCCAGAAAACAAUGGGAACAAAUUUUGCAUUAUGUCGUCAACAGUGUUGGGCACAGCCGAGCUGAUACCAGCCAGGCCCCUGCCGAGACUGUGAAACAUCUUUUACAGCAAGGAAAUCUAGUAACAAAAGGAAGACAUAGUGGUGGCGGUAUCACAAAGUCAGGAUUCUCUUUCUUAUUGCAAGAAGUUAACGCGCAGAUCUGGACUCUUUUGAUUUUGUGGAUCGAAAACUCUGAGUCUAUGGGCUUGGAUUCUAUCGAGUUACUCUCCUUUCUCUUCAUGCUUGGCUCACUCGAAUGUGGACGACCAUACAGCGUCUUAGCCCUGACCACAACCCAGAGAGAAAUGCUGACUUACCUCUCUACAUUUGGGCUCAUAUAUCUACCUCAAGAAAAUAACAAUAUAUAUUAUCCAACUCGCCUUUCGACAACCUUAACCUCUGAUUCUAGCGCGCUUCGCAGUGUUUCAGAUGGCUUUGAUGCUGCUAUCAGUGGUAAUAGCAGUGGCAACAAUAAUAGCAAAGGGUUCAUAAUAAUCGAAACUAAUUACCGUAUAUACGCUUACACAAAUUCUCCGCUCCAAAUCGCCGUGCUUGCCCUUUUCACAAAAUUCAGCACGCGUUACCCUAAUAUGGUUGCCGGAAAAAUAACACGUGAGUCCGUCGCAAAUGCCAUAUCUCAUGGUAUCACAUCUGAUCAAAUUAUCUCAUUUCUUGGUACUCAUGCUCAUCCGCAACUCACCAAAAGUGCCGCCAUAAAAGGCGCUCCCGUUCUUCCUCCCACUGUCGUUGAUCAGAUCCGUCUCUGGCAAAUUGAAAAUGAGCGCAUGAAAACGAUCGCUGGGUUUUUAUUCCGUGAUUUUGAAAGUCUAAAAGAGUACGAAUCAUGUGUGCGCUAUGCAAAUGAGAUUGGGGUUUUGGUGUGGAGGAAUGAGGUGAAGAAAAUGUUCUUCGUCACUCGCCAUGAACAACUGAGAGAUUACAUAAAGAGUCAAAAAUAA